CUGGUUCUCAGCCGAUCCAGUGCCUGGCUGCAGCUCUGCCUCUGCGGCCGCCGGACUACUGCAGUUAGCUGGCGGCGCACAAGCCGAGCCUUAAUCCUUCCGUUAUAUCAAUGAACACCCGGAUUUUUCGAUUUGUAUCCCCCGUUCAUUUCUACUCGCCUUCUCCUCUCUCCCCUCUUCGUGUUUCCCUCCUCCUCAUCCACUCGGUCGCCGGCGGCGCAGCGCUUCCGCGGAGGCCGGACCUCCCUCCGCGACUGCCUCGAGCUUUCUGUCCUACCCAUUCUUUUUCGUCUUCCUCGAAGAAGCAUCACGAGGAGGAUGGCAGGGACGUGAAGGUCGCGGUUUGGUGGGACUUCGAGAACUGCAGCAUACCUGCUGGCGUCAAUGUUUUCCUGGUGGCGCAGCGGAUCACUUCGGCGCUGCGUUCCAAUGGAAUCAAGGGUCCGGUCACUAUUACUGCAUUCGGUGACGCUUUGCAGCUCUCGCGGACCUCUCAGGAAGCUCUCACCUCCACUGGGGUCUGUCUCACCCAUGUUCCGCGUGGCGGGAAAAACAGCUCAGAUAAGUCCUUUAUGGCCGAUCUUGUCUAUUGGAUUUCACAAAACCCACCUCCUGUUCAUUUCUUUUUGAUAUCUGGUGACAAGGAUUUUGCAAACAUCCUCCAUCGCUUAAGGAUGAGCAACUAUAACAUACUGCUUGCCAGCAGGGAAUCUACCCCGGCUGUUCUCUGCAGUGCUGCCACCAUGAUGUGGUCCUGGGCUUGUUUAGUUAAGGGAAAUAAUGCAACUGCCAAGCAUUUCAACCACCCACCAGACGGUUUAUAUGGUUCUUGGUAUGGACAUCACAAAAAUGCCUUGGAUGAUCCUUUCUCUGAAAUGGAACAAGCUAAUGGAAAAGGCGAGGAAUCUGUGGAACUAAGUGCUGAAAGUAAGCCUCGCCCAAUUCCGAAGGUUUUUGUCAAUGCAAUCCGGCAAAUUCUGCACUCAUAUCCUGAAGGGAUCAAUAUGUCAGAUUUACGAAAUGAGCUCAAAAGGAUUAAUGUGAAUGUAGAUAGGGAUUUCUUUGGUUAUAAGAAGUUUUCCCACAUUCUCACAUCAAUGCCAAGCAUUUUGAAGUUCAUACCCAGUACAAGUCUUGAAGGUCAACCGCUUGUGGUCAGUAGGCAUUUUAAAGCAGCAGAUUCGUCUCCAAUGCGAUCUAAAACUACGCAGGAUUUUGAUCAGAGUGUUGGAGAGGUGAGCCAUACUCCAAAACAGGAUGGGAAGUCAAUCUCUGUGGCUCCAAACAAUGAUGUGGGUCAUACACCCCUUACACCCGAUAGUCCUGCUAACCAGGAAGAGAUUGACUCAGAUAAUAAUAAGAGGUCCUCCCGUACCCAUAGGCAGUAUGGUGUGAAUGAGGGGGGAGUAUUUCAAAAUUUUAAGAGAUAUUUUUUCAGGUUUCAGCAACUCAAGGAGCCAUCUUCUUUGUGUGCUAAAGAGAAUAAUGCUGAAGCCAAUCAUGAUGUUUCCACUUCCAAGCAAAGAAAAAACAUAUUUGAAAGCAGAUUUCUGCAAAGGAUCUGGGUACUUAUGAAUCAUCCUAGUACUAAUCUUCCAGCUGGGAGAAUUGCUAGCAUUUCUGGUCUGGAUUCUACCUCUAAUAAGGAUUCUGGUGAGGCAGAACCAACCUGUGAUGUAAUUGAGAAAUUAAAAUGUGAAGACAAGAAGACAAACUGGAAGAAUAAGUUUAGUCCUAGCAAAAUUUUUAGGGAAGUUAGUGAAUCACCUGAAACUGAUAAGACUACUGGUCAUUCUGACAUGCAAACCUUUCAUCCCGAGACAAAACAGAACUUCUUCAAGAGAAUUGCAGGAUGGUGGUCUAAGAAAUCUGAGAAAGACCAGGAAGCUGUUCUUGAACCAGGAAAGGAGGUUAUCAAUAAGUGUACAAUUGUCAAUCAGACACCACCUCUUGAUGUUUUCUCAAAAGGAUACUUUUGGGAUGCUCUAGAGUCAUUUUUACUCACUUCAAAGGGAGCUGAGCUUAUCUCAAAAUCAAGAACAAGGGACCAAGUGGUACAUGGGUUACAGAAGGAAGGUCCUUGGGUCCUUAAAGAUCUCUCAAAAGCCCAACUUCUUGAUCUGGUAAAUUUGAUGAUUACCGAGAAGAAAUGGAUCAACGUGUCAAUUUUUCAGACGUUCCCUUUUAAGCUUACCUUUAAUGAACAGAAGUGUGUCACGUCACAUUCCUAUAAUUCUAAUGGUUUAAGUUCUCUUUUCACUGCAAAAAUAUCAAAAGCUAGCACACAGAGACAGCCUGAGCAGAAAACAUCUGAUCAUAAGUCUGGUUUGAUGGGGAGUUCAUUUACUGAAACUACGUCUGCUAAUCAACCUCAAAACUUCGUUGAGUUCAAAGCUUGGUUUCAGAAAGCCUAUAGAAGUAAGGAGGACCUACAACCUGAAGAUUUAGAAAAGAUGUUUGAGAGCAUAUUCAGCAUAAAAGUUGUUCCUUCCUCCUAUGGAUAUCCAGAUCUGCAGAGUUUGAUUGCAGCUUGUUUAAGUGAUGACAAUCAUAAGAAAACAAAAUCAUCUCCUAGUCGAGAAAAAAUACUAUCUGAUUGCAGAAAGCUCUUGAUUGAGCUUUUUGAUGAAUAUCCUGAUGGUUUCCUCAUGAGCACAUUCAAACCAGCUUUUCUACAGAAGUAUAGUUAUGUUUUGAGUUGUCAAACACUUGGCUAUCCCAAGCUUGCUUCAUUGUUAGAGAUAAUGCCUGGGGUGAGGAUAGAAUCCAAUUUUGUACUCCCUGCUGAAAGAUUCCUCUCAGAUUCCAGCUUUACAAAUCAACCAACACAAGAUGAUAAAGUCGAUACUAGUAACAGCACUGAUCCGGAAACUGCUGCUGAUGACUGUGCAUGGGAGGAGCUGGGCCCUGUGCAUGAGACAGUUGCAUGCGGGGAUCUUACUGCUGCUCCAAUUAAGGAUAAAGAGUUAACCUAUGAUGAAGCAUCUCUUUCUGAUGAUGAAUUUUCUGAUCCAGAAGAGGUUAACACACCUCAAUUGCAGGAUCCUGAAGGGAAAUCUGGAAGAUGUAGGGAGGAAAGCUCUCUUAUUCAAAUUCUUGAUUCAUGGUAUGGUAACAAGGAAGGUGGUGAGAAGUCACAAGCUCAGGGUUGUAAAGGAGUCAAUCACAAUGAACAAGCUAGAGCUAAUCAGGAAGGUGGUCAAAGAGAAAGUAGCAAAGAUGGUUGUGAAACAGAACAAGUUGGGGAUGCUGCUGUCCUCGUGGAUUGCUCUAAGGAUAAACCCGAGAACCUGAAUGAUGUUAAGCCAAAAUUACGAUUCCGUAAAAGAUUUAGUUUUGUUUCAGAUUCAAAAGAUGACAAGGAAAAGUUGGUUGAUAGCAUACUGGGUAGUCUGAAGAAAUCUGGAAAUUCAAAGUUAGCAAGUUAAAGAAGAUUCAUCUAGACAAUAAACAGAUCCAACAUUCAGUGCUCACAUUAUUAACUCCGAGCCAUGGAUUUAGUUCGGCUAUUGAGUAUUUGGCUUGGACCUGUGCCAUUCAAUAUCGGCCAAUUAUUUUGCUGCUUCUGGCACAAUUUAUAAUUGUCAACAGAUGAGAAUGCCAUACAGGUUCUUUUUAUUGAAUGUCAUCUGAAGUUAUUAAUGUGAACCAAAGAAUGAGCUUUAUAGAGGAAUUACUUGAACCGGCA